AUGAAAUAUCAAUUAUCAAUUUUGGGAGACGAGAGUCGACUUGAUCCCACAACAUUCAAUGCAUUUACGGUUUAUAUGGUUAAUGUUACAAAUUUAAUGACAAAUAGACAAUGGAAUAUAUAUAGAAGGUACAGUCAAUUUCAUGAAUUGGAUUCUGAGAUAAAAAGUGCAUUUCCAAAAAUUAAACUACCAAAGUUACCAAAAAAAUAUAUAUUUAAAAAUAGUACAAAUCGAGAGUUGGUCGAAGAAAGAAAAUUAUUAUUACAAAAAUAUUUAAAAGAUUUAGUAAAACAUGAACAAAUAGAAGAUAGUGAUUGUUUAAUUAAUUGGUUAGUUCCACAAAAUGAGCCUGCAUUUACAUCAUUAAAUAAUCCAGAUAAAAGUGGAUAUUUAAUUAAAGAAGGACAUGUAAUUAGAAGUUGGAAAAAAAGAUAUUUUGUAUUAAAAGAUGGAUUAAUUUAUUAUUUUAAACAUCAAUCAGAUCAAGAACCUACAGGAAUGAUACCAGUGAUUGGUAGUCAAAUAAAGAGGAUAGGAGAAACAGAGAGAAAGUUUUCAUUUCAAAUCAUACCAAAGAAUGAAACAUUCUUUCCAACAUUUUCAAUACAAGCACGUGAUGAACAGGAUUGUAACGAUUGGAUUAAAGCAAUUGAAUUAUCACAACAACAUUUUCAAGAUCAAGAACAAUAUAGAAAACAAGAGGAAGAAGAAAGACAGAAAAAAAAUAAUGGUGCACGUAUUAAAAAAUCUGGUUCUUUUGAAUUUUCAACAUUAACUUCUGCUUCAGCUCCAACUUCACCAGUUCAAAGUAGUUCUUCUACUUCAAAUAUGUUACCUUCAUCUUAUCAAUUCUCAAGUGAUGGUAGUAAUAAUAAUAGUGUUUGUUCAAGUAUUGGUGCUCUUGGUCCUAAUAAUUCAAAUAAUAAUAAUAAUAAUAAUAAUAAUAGCUAUUAUUAUAGCCAUAGUAGUAAUAAUCAUAAUCAUUAUAAUCAUCAUAAUAAUAAUCAUAAUAAUAGUCAUCACCACCACCAUCAUCAUAAUGGAUUAAAUAGAGGUAGCUCACAAGUUAGUUUAAGUGUUAAUACAACAAGUAGUAAUAGUAGUGGAUCAAGUUCAUCAACAUCAUUAUCACGUAGACAUCCACCACAAAAAUCAAAAUCAGAUUUAAAUUUAUCAAGUGUAUUACAUUCAAAUAUUAGAAUUGGUAUUGAUGAAUCUGAUGAGCUUUACAUAUUAAAUAAUUCAAUAUCAAAUGAAAAUUUGUCAUCAAUGUUAGAACAACCAGGAAGUUAUCAACAACCACAACAUCAACAGGGUGGUGGAGGUGGUGGUGGUGGUGGAGGAGGUAAUAUUGUUAAUAAUUUACCACCACUAUCGUUAACACAAAGACAUAUUAGUAAUUUAUCAUCAAGAUCAAAUAGUAAUUCAAGUGGUAGUUCAAGUGGCAGUGGUUCUUCAAGUGGUAGUGGUCCAAUUGGUAGCGGUGGUGUUGGUGGUGGUCUAAAUCAACCAGUUAAAACUUCAUCACAACAACCUCAUCAUAGAAAAAGUAAUAGCUCAAAUAAUCCAAGUUAUAUUAGUCAUUUACAUUAUUUACAACCAUCAAAUUCAUCAUCAUCAAUAUCAUCAUCAUCAUCGUCAUCAUCAGCAUCAUCAGCAUCAUCAGCUUCACCUUUUUCUUCACUUUUUACAACGAUUAAUCAAUACUUUAAUCCAAAAUCAAAUUUACCAUAUUCACCACCAUCUUCACCAAUUUUAAAUGCUAAUAAUAAUAAUAAUAAUAAUAAUAAUAAUAAUAAUAAUAAUAAUAAUAAUAAUAAUAAUGAUUUUAAUUUAAAUAAUAAUAAUAACAAUAAUAAUAAUAAUAAUAAUGGUAAUACAGCAUCAGGUAGUAGUUGCAAUACAACACCAAAUUUAUUACCAGCACCAACAAAUGUAUCACCAAUCCAAAAUAGAGCAAGAUCAUCCCCAAUGACUUCACUCCCUUUGCCAAAUAAUCUUUUAAUACCAAUUCCUGUUUUUUCUUUAAAUGAUGAAUAUAAUAAUAUAAAUAACAAUAAUAGUAAUAUAGAAUCCAAUAAUAAUAAUAAUAAUAAUAAUAAUAAUAAUAAUAAUAAUAAUAAUAAUAAUAAUAAUAAUAAUAAUAAUAAUAAUAAUAAUAAUAAUAAUAAUAAUAAUAAUAAUAAUAAUAAUAAUAAUAAUAAUACCACCGAACUUGUAAAUAAUAAUAUAGAAUCCAAUGAUAAUGAUAAUAAUAAUAGUAAUAAUAAUAAUAAUAAUAAUAAUAAUAGUAAUAAUAGUUUAGAUUUAAUAAAUAAACCAUUAGUAAAAAUAAUAGAACCAAAGAAAAAAGAAAAGAAAUCGAAAUCAAAAUCAAAAGUUGCUUCAAUAUCAGAUUUUAUAACAAGUAAGAAAAAAGAAAAAGAUAAAGAAAAGGAAAAGGAUAAAGAAAAAGAAAAAGAGAAAGAAAUUGGUGGAAAUAUAUCAACAUCAACAACACCAAAUAAGAAAAAUGGUACAUUAAGAUCUAGAGCAUUAACAUUACCUGUAAAACCAAAUGAUUCAAUUUUAGGUACAACCCCACAUCAUAAUCAUCAAAAUAAUCAUCAUCAUCAUGGUGAUAUUUCAUCAAUUAAUAUUAUUAGAGAGAAAUUUAUAAGUAAAACAACUAGAUUCUCAUCAGAUGGUAAACCAAGAUUUGAUAUUAAUCAAAAAUUAGUUUCAACAAAGUUAAGUGUAGAUAAGAAAAUAAGGAAUUUCAUAGAGGUGGUUAUCGAUGAUAUCGAUCAUGAGGCAACGUCAGGUGGUAAUUUACAAAAACAACAACAUACUCAAUUGAUUGCAAAUGAUAUUAAAAAACUUGCAAAUACAGUUCUCAAUAUGAGUGUUUAUGAUCAAAGAGAAAAGAAUACACAAAUUGUUCAAUCAAUUCAAACUUUAUUUGCAACAGCAAUUUCAAAUAAAGAAAUGACAUCAUUGGUCUCAAAAUUCUUAUUCAUAUUCUCAGAAUUCUCUAGAGUUGUCGAUGUUUUAAAUCCAGUUGAAAAGAAUUUAACAAAUGUAAUUAAUAAACAAUUGCAAUCACAACAGCAACAACAAAAACAAAAUGAAACAACGGGAACAACGACUGGAACUGCUGGAUCUUCAGUUAAUCCAUUAUCAUUUAGUAGUAAUAGUAUAUUGGUUCAACAAAAGAGAUUAAGUAGAAGUUUACAAAGUUUCAAUGAAAUUAAUCAUCAUUAUUCUUCAUCUUAUCAUGAACCAAUCAUUUAUAGUUCAAGUUUAAAUCAAUAUAAUGGUAUUAAUAUAGGUAGUGGUACACCAACAACAACUAGUGGUGAUAAUACACCAUUAACAAAUACUGCUACCUCUUCAACUGUUAGUAGUUAUAGUGAACCAAGUUUAAUUUCUUCACAAAAUCAAUUACCACUUUCACAACAACCACAACCACAACCACAACAACAACAACAAUUAAAUGAUAGUUCUUCAUUCCCAACUAGUCCAAUCUCUAGUAGAAAUGAUUUAAUUAGUUCAAAUUCUUCAAUUUAUGAACCACCAUUAUCAGAUGUUGCAUCACAAUUAAUUGAACAACAACAAGAGCAACAGCAACAACAACAUCAAGAACAACCAUUACAACCACAACAACAACAACAACAACAACCACAACCACAACCAAUAUCAACAUUAGUAUUUGAUAAAGCAAAUCAAAGAUCAUCAUCACCAAUUUUAGAAAAGAAAUCAAUUUUAACAGAUUUAUUAAAAGAAAAUUAUCAAAAAGAAACAACAAAUAAUAAUGGUAUUGGUAAUAUGAUUAUUUUAAGUGAAUAUGAUAAGAAAUUACAAAAACAACAAUUAUAUCCAAAUCAACAUGUUAUAAUAACUGAAGAGAUGAGAAAUAAACCAGAGAGAUCAUUUGUUUGUAGAAUUUGUGAAGAUACCUAUACACAAAGUCAAUUGGCAAAGCAUACACCAUUUUGUGCACUUACAAAUAAACAUGAUUUUAAGAAUCAUUCAUCACAUGACGAACGUUUAUAUUCAAUAUUAAAUUUGGUUAAAGGUAUUAUUUGUGAUAGUUUUGCAUCACCUAAUAAUAGUGAACAAUAUUCUUAUCUAAUUGAUGAUGAGAUCAUCUCUCAAUUGGGACAACAAUUGGAAUACCUAUUCAAUAUACCCUAUGGCCCUGUUGAAUCUCCAAAACAAUGUCAAGAUGUUAUCAAUCGUGUUCAAGCUAUAAUCGAUGAGAAUUCAACCGAUAUGGCAUUACAUGUUUUUGGUAAAAGAAUUUGUAAAAUCAUUGAAGAAAAGAAAGCAUUGUUUGUACAAUAUUCUAAAUUUCAAAAUGCAGCACAAACAACUACAAGUAAAGGAAAGAAAUGGUCAAUGUGGGGCAUAAUACCAUUCAUUAAAGAUAUUAUACCAUCACCAUCUUCAAAGGUUGAUUCAUCGUCAUCGUCACAAAUUUCAUCACCAAUUUUAUCAUCACCACCACCACCAAUGAAACAACCACCACCACAAGUUAUAGUACCACCAUCUUCAUUGACAACCUCAUCAAAUACAACCUCUAUUAGUAUUGCAGAUUUUGAAAUUAUUAAACCAAUUUCAAGAGGUGCAUUUGGUAGAGUUUAUUUAGCACAAAAGAAGAAAACUGGUGAUUUAUAUGCUAUCAAAGUCUUAAAGAAAUUGGAUACAAUUAGAAAGAAUAUGGUUAAUCAUGUGAUUGUAGAGAGAAAUAUUUUAGCAAUGGUUCAAAAUGAAUUUGUUGUGAAAUUAUUUUAUGCUUUUCAAUCAACUGAUAAACUUUAUUUGGUUAUGGAAUAUUUAAUUGGUGGUGAUUGUGCUUCAUUAUUACGUGCAUUAGGUUGUUUCGAAGAGCAUAUGGCAAAACAUUACAUUGCAGAAACUGUAUUAUGUUUAGAGUAUCUUCAUAAAUCUGCAAUCGUUCAUAGAGAUUUAAAACCUGAUAAUAUGUUAAUCGAUGGUUUAGGUCAUAUUAAAUUAACAGAUUUUGGUUUAUCUAAAAUUGGUAUUAUAGAUGAUAAAAAAAUGGAAGAUAGUGGAAAUACAAAUACAAAUACUCAUUUCAAUUUUAGUACUUCUCCAACAAAUACUUCAAUGAUGGAUGAUUCAAGCACCACUGGAAAUCCAAAUGGUAAUGGUAAUACAAGUUUAAAUUCAAGUCAAACAAAUAUUUUAUCACCAUAUCCACAAAGAAAGAAUACUUUGAAAACUCCAUUAAAGAAACCAGUUAAAAAAGUCGUUGGUACACCAGAUUAUUUAAGUCCAGAGAUUCUUUUAGGUACAGGUCAUGGUCAAACAGUUGAUUGGUGGGCAUUGGGUAUUAUUUUAUAUGAAUUUUUAACAGGUUCACCACCAUUUAAUGAUGAUACACCAGAGUUAAUCUUUCAACAUAUUUUACAUCGUGAUCGUGAAAUGGAAUGGCCAGAAGAGAUUUCAUCAGAGGCAAAAGAUUUAAUACUUAAACUUUUAAAUCCAGAUCCAUACAAAAGAUUAGGUGCUAAUGGUGCUUAUGAAGUUAAAACUCAUCCAUUCUUUGCAAAUGUUAAUUGGGAUACUCUUAUUGAUCAAGAAAUGGAUAAUAUAUUCUUACCAAAACCUGAAAAUAAUUAUGAUACUGAUUAUUUUUGGGAUAGACAAUCAAUGUAUGAUGAUGAAGCUGAAGAUGAUUUUUUAACUAUAAAUCAAUCACAACCUCAACACCAAUCUCAACAUCAAUCUCAACCUCAAUCUCAACCUCAACCUCAAUCUCAAAAUUUAGGUCAAAAUAAUAAUAACAGUGAAAGUAAUAAUAAUAAUAAUAAUAGUAAUAGUAAUGUUAGUGGUCAAAAUAUCAAUAAUAGUGUCAGCAGCAGCAGCAAUAAUAAUGGUAGUGGUAAUUUAAAUAAUAUUUGUAAUAAUAGUAAUGUUAAUGCUAAUAAUAAUAAUUCAAAUGGAAAUUUAGGUAAUAAUAAUAAUAAUAAAAAUAAUAAUAUUAAUAAUGAUAAUGACAAAAAUAAAAAUAAUAAUUCAAAUGUCCAAAAUAAUAAUAAUAAUAAUAAUAACAAUAUAUUACAACAAUCAUCAUCACCUUCUUCAACAUCAUCUUCACUAUCAAAUAGUAGUAAUAAUAACCAUAAUGGUGGUAGACAAAUUAAUAAUAGUAAAGAUAGUGACAAUAGUAUUGGUGGUGGUAAAAAUAAUUCAAAAAUUGAAGAUAUUGAAAAAGAUCCAAUCACUUUUGGUAAUUUCUCUUUUACCAACAUCAAUCACUUAAAAGAUAUGAAUAAUUUUUUCUUAAAAAAUAAAUCUUAA